AUGACCCGCUUCGCCUUCCUCGCUCUUCUGCCUUUGGCUUUGCAGGCUGCCGCUCUCAAUAUCAAGAGGGACAAUGGUGGAGAAAUCAGCUCUUCCCAGGCCGUCGUGACUGUUUUCCCGACCCGUGCCACGAUGACUGUCUUCCCCACCCAUGCCCCCGAGGCUACUGUCACCUCAAUUCUGGUGCCAGGAAGCACCUUCGCAUGCGGUGACUCGACCUUCACGAUCACCAUCUCUGAGGCGAGCACCAUCGGAGUGUCCACCACAUUCGCUAGGCCUACAAGCUCUGUCCAAGCCAGCCAUCCAAUUCCCAGCAGCUCUUUCGGCGGCGUCCCGGUCCCUGUGGAACCCUCUAGCUCUACUCUAGCAGGCGGCGCGACUCUCGCGAGGCGUGACAACGGCCCCGUCACCGUCAGCACCGCCUUUGCAAGCCCUGUUCCUGUCAUCACUGGGGUCCGAGGCACUGCCAGUGCCAGUGUCGCGCCCAGCAGUGUGCUCGGGAUCCCCACCUGCCCCUUCCCUACCGUCACAGUCACCCAGCCUGGUCCAGGAGGACCCAUUAGUACCAGCUCUUCCUUGCCCCAGGGUACCGGAAAUGGGCUCGGGGGCCAGGCGGAGAGCGCGACUGGCGAUGACUCGGAUGAUAGCGGGAGCUCGAGCAUCCAUGGUGCCUUUGUGGGGACCUCCCUCUUGGGAGCCGUUGCGGUCGUUGCUGGUGCUUUGCUCUAA